AUGAAGCGCCACGGUCAGACACGUCAAUGGACCAAAUUCUCUAGUAACAGCCCCAAGCCGCAAACACCAUAUCCAAGCCUAAAAGGGCCCGACGCAGCUGAGGGCCAGAAGUCUCUUUUCUCAAACAUAUGGGAGCACGGCCUGGUGUUCCUGCCAGAAACACCACCCACAACCGAAGCGACCAUCGAAAUACUCAAUACACUGGGGCCUAUCCGCCACACACACUAUGGCGGCUUCUGGGACUUCACAAGUGAGGUCAAUCCAAUCGACACAGCCUACACGAACCUGUCCCUCCCCCUCCACACUGACAACUCCUAUUUCACCGAGCCGGCUGGGCUUCAGCUGUUUCAUCUUCUCUCACACAUGCCAUCCACAACCGAAUCACCCCAGCCAGGAGAUUUCGAUCCCUCGCUCGGAGGUGAAUCUACCUUCAGCGACGGCUUCGCUGCAGCCGCAGCCCUAUAUCACAUUGACAAAAAGGCCUACGAAACCCUCGCAAACACCGGAAUUGUUUUCACUGCCGAAGGAUCCCCAGCCGGCACAUUCCGUAACGAUCUGAGUACACGACCACGGGGCCAUCCGGUCCUGGGCCAUAAUAGUACCAGGGCCCACUAUUCACCAGAUCACCUAACGCAAAUUAGGUGGAACAACUGCGACAGGUCAGCGUUAACCAGAUUUUCGGGCCAUGACAUCAUGCUCGAUUGGUACAGGGCUGCGAAGUUGUGGGAUGAGCUCCUGAGUAGCGGAGAUUUCGAGGUGGAGGUCAAAUUGCAGCCAGGAGAGCCAGUCGUGUUUGACAAUUGGAGGAUUCUGCACGGGAGGAAGAAGUUUGAGGGAAAGAGGAGGAUGUGUGGUGCGUACAUCGGUAUGGACGAUUUCAAGGCUGGAGCGGGCAGGCUGGGUGUGUUGUAG